AUUCAAAGUUGAGGGGCAAACUGACACUUUAAUCGAAAAAAAACCAGAAAAAACACAGUUCGUCUUCCUCCAGAAGCCAAAAACCAGUAGCUUAUGUGUCAACUCCACAGUUCAAACUAUAUAUGGAGUAAUCAAAGCGGCAAGCAAUUGGAAAAACUACACCCACAAGAAAGAAGGAGCGAAAGCUUUUGAUUAGAGAAUGAGCGGCAACGAAACGAAAUUCAGUGUAAUGGUGAGUCUGUUCGAGUGGAUACAGAAGAGCAAAUACUCGGCGAAGAAGCGUUCCAAAUUUCGUAAAUUCCUGGACACCUUCUGCAAGCCUGAUGAUUACUUCAGCGCAAUUAGACUAAUCCUUCCAAGUCUUGACAGAGAGAGGGGCUCUUACGGCCUCAAAGAGUCUGUACUCGCCACCUGCCUUGUCGAUGCUCUCGCCAUGUCGAGAGAUUCCCCUGAUGCUGUUCGCCUCUUCAAUUGGCGCAAAGGUGGCCCCAAAACUGGCUCCAAUGCCGGCCAUUUUCCCCUCGUCGCAUUUGAGGUCCUCCAGCGUAGGCAGGGAACGUCAUCAGGUGGUCUAAGUAUCAAGGAAUUAAAUGACUUGCUUGAUAAAUUGGCUUCGAGUGAAAACAGGGGAGAGAAAAUAUCAGUUCUUUCUACUCUGAUAAAGAAGACAAAUGCCCAGGAAAUGAAGUGGUUAAUUAUGAUAAUUCUCAAAGAUUUGAAAUUGGGAAUUAGUGAAAAAAGUAUAUUUAAUGAAUUUCAUCCUGAUGCCGAAGACUUGUUUAACGUUACAUGUGACUUGAAACUAGUUUGUGAAAAGUUAAAGGAUCAGAGCCAAAGGCAUAAGCGACAGGACAUUGAGGUUGGAAAGGCUGUGCGCCCUCAACUAGCUAUGAGAGUUAGCGAUGCACAUUCCGCAUGGAAAAAGCUGCACGGGAAGGAAGUAGUCGUGGAAUGUAAAUUUGAUGGCGAUCGCAUACAAAUACAUAAGAAUGGGGCAGAGAUACACUACUUUUCAAGGAACUUUCUUGAUCACUCUGAAUACGGACAUGGAAUGUCAGAGAUUAUUAUCCAAAAUGUUCUUGCUGAUAAGUGUAUACUUGAUGGUGAAAUGUUGGUUUGGGAUUCUUCUUUGAAUCGUUUUGCUGAAUUUGGUUCAAAUCAGGAAAUAGCAAAGGCAGCGAAAGAUGGACUUGACAAUGAAAGACAGUUGUGCUAUGUUGCUUUUGAUGUUCUUUAUGUUGGAGAUACUAGUGUCAUUCACCAAAGCUUAAGGGAAAGACAUGAUCUUCUUCGAAAAUUUGUGAGGCCUGUGAAGGGUCGUUUAGAGAUUCUGGUACCUGAUGGGGGUCUCAAUGAUCACCGCCUUCCUGGGGAACCACCUUGUUCGCUAAUUACUUAUAAUGUGAACGACGUGAAGAGAUUUUUUGAGGAAACUGUAAAGAACAGAGAUGAAGGCAUCAUAUUAAAGGACCUUGCAUCAAAAUGGGAACCAAGUGAUCGUAGUGGAAAGUGGUUGAAGCUGAAACCUGAGUACAUACAGGCUGCUUCUGACUUGGAUGUUCUCAUCAUUGGAGGAUACUAUGGCUCUGGACGUCGUGGAGGAGAGGUGGCUCAGUUCUUGGUUGGCCUAGCAGAACGUCCUGCCCCAGAUACAUAUCCCAGGCGAUUCAUCUCCUUUUGCAGAGUGGGUACUGGACUAACUGAUGAUGAGCUAGCUGCUGUUGUAAACAAAUUGAAGCCUUAUUUUAGAAAAUAUGAAUACCCGAAGAUGGCACCACCGAAUUUUUAUCAAGUUACUAAUAAUUCAAAAGAGAGACCAGAUGUGUGGAUCGAAAGCCCUGAGAAAUCAAUCAUACUUUCUAUUACUAGUGAUAUUCGAACUAUAAGUUCUGAGGUCUUUGCUGCACCAUAUAGCCUCAGAUUUCCUCGUAUUGACAGAGUGAGAUAUGACAAGCCGUGGCAUGAAUGUCUCGAUGUGCAGUCAUUUGUGGAACUUGUACAUUCAAGUAAUGGUACGACACAAAAUGGGAAAGAUAACAAAGGCUUGCAAGACAACAAACCAACAAGUGUGAAAUCCUCCAAAAAAGGAGGAAGAAAGAAUGCUUCUGCUGUUCCUUCUCAUUUUAUAGAGACUGAUGUGUCCGGAGUUAAGGAAGAAAGCUUCAUAUUUUCAAAAAUGAUGUUUUACUUUGUUAAUGUGCCUCCAACCCACUCUCUUGAGUCCUUGCACAAAAUGGUUGCUGAGAAUGGGGGAAGUUUCUCAAUGAAUUUAAACAAAUCAGUAACCCACUGCAUAGCAGCCGAAAGCAAGGGGAUAAAAUAUCAGGCGACAAAGCUCCAUGGAGAUAUUAUUCAUUGCUCUUGGGUUUUGGAUUGUUGUUCACAAAAGAGGCUCCUCCCUUUACAGCCAAAGUACUUCCUCUUUCUUGCUGACUCUUCAAAGAAGAAGCUACAGGAAGAAAUUGAUGAAUUUUCUGAUUCUUACUAUUGGGAUGUCGAUCUUGCAGACAUGAAACAGCUUUUGGACAGCAUAAAUACAUCGGGAGAUUUCAGCAGCAUUGACUAUUUAAAGAGAAAGUACGGUGCAAAAGAUAAAUGGUCUCAGUUUCAUGGCUGCUCUGUGUACUUCUAUGUUUCAACAGCAUCAUUUUUAAGAACAUGUGAUUGGCAAUCCUUGUUGGGGCUUAAACUGAGGAGGUUGAAGCUUGAAGUCAUUAUGGGUGGUGGCCAAGUGACCGAUAAUCUUGCUAAUGCUACCCAUUUGGUGGCCUUGAAUGUGCCAGGCUCCAGUGUGGAUUUUGAUUCUCUCAUGAAGAGUUUAACUGUCACAGAGAAGUAUCUACUCUGGAAUAAGAAGUUUUAUGUAAUUGGAUAUCAAUGGUUGGAGGACUCCUUGGAGAUGCAGACAAAGUUGCAAGAGGAUGCAUAUAGCUUGAAGCCUUGUGGGUUGCAAGAGUCAAAUAUUGAAGAAUGGAAAUAUAAUCUGGAUAUGGACAAUGCCUCUGGAAAUUUUGACGUUGUUAGAAACCAGCAACAAUUAUCAUCUGCUGACAGCCAAAAAGAAGACAGUGGCGGAACUUCUCUUAAACAUGCUAGAAUAUCGUCUUCGCCCAAGAAAGAUGCCAAAAGGAAAAGAGGGGGACCUGCUGGCAGGAGUGUGAAGGAGGGAAAAGUUGGCCUUAGCCAAGCUCCAAGACCUCGCUCUCGUGGUCGAAAGCCUGUUAAACUUUGCGACACUGGAUCAGAUGAAAACAACUCGUAUGAUGACAAGGCAGAUGAAGCAAGGAUCCAACUGGGCAAGGAAAAUCAUGAAAUCCAUGCAGAAAAGAAAAUUUCUGAAAUUAAACAGAUUGGAGGAGAAGAUACAGAAUCAGCACACAUACACAAUAUAGCUGAGAAAGAGGUUACUGAAGGGAAUAGACUGCAAGAGUGGGAUGAUAAAGCUCCGGAUGCUGAAAUUAGGAAGAGGCAUCAGAACAGAGACUUUCAGUCUGAUAAAACUCAUAGUGAAAUAGGUGGAAGGCACGACGUGGAGGAGAAAGAAAACCCAGAUAAAUUAGAAAUUAUGGUUGAUCCAAUUCAUGCCAUGUUAUUAGACAUGAUUCCUAGCCUGGGAGUGAGGAAUGUGGAAAUUUCAAAUCAAGUUUUUGAGCGCGAAAAGCCAGCUGGGGAUCCUACUGCACAGCCAGUGAAGAAAAAGAAAGUCAGCUACAAGGAUGUUGCAUCUGAAAUGCUCAAGGAUUGAUAAAAUAGCUUAUGUGCAUUAUAUUUUAUUACGUUGGUUGGUAGUAACAUUUGCAGACAGUAGGUAUGGUCAAAUAUGUUUUCCCUGUAACGUGGAAAAGUUACAUAUAUAUAUAAUGCAUCCAGUUAUAUCAUGUGUAGAAUUUCAUUGCUCAGAGAAUUGUUAUUAAGAUCUAGUUUGUAACACUUUUUGGAGCCAUUUAACACAACCUAGUAAUAUUGGUUCAUUUA